GUCGGCUUCAGUUGGUAGCGUCAGUCGUGUUACCAGCCAGCAUUGACGUGCGACUCGACUGCGACAACUUCAAUCGUUUGUUUUCGCGAAGUGGUUAACGUAAUCACGCGACUAUGUUAAAACACGGGAGUAUUUUCAUCGUCCUCCUGUGUUUUCUUGAGCUCGGGACAGGCCUGUACUUCCACAUCGGUGAAACAGAACGAAAAUGUUUUAUCGAAGAGAUACCUGACGAUACCACAGUAAUAGUAAAUUACAAAGUGGAACUGUUUGACCCAAGAAGCGGAGGCUUCAUGCCAAGCAGUCCAGGCAUCGGCAUGCACGUCGAAGUAAAAGAUCCGGAUGAUAAACCUAUUCUCUCUAGAGUUUACAGCUCCGAAGGUCGAAUUUCCUUUACCUCGCACAUGCCAGGAGAGCAUGUUAUCUGUUUGUAUUCCAACAGUACCGCCUGGUUCAGUGGUACUCAAUUGAGGAUACAUUUGGACAUUCAAGUGGGAGAACAUGCGAUUGAUUAUGCCAAUGUAGCACAGAAGGAAAAGUUGUCAGAGCUCCAGCUUAGAAUACGUCAGCUUCUGGUUCAGGUUGAACAAAUAACCAAAGAGCAAAACUAUCAAAGGUUCCGAGAAGAACGGUUCAGGCAGACGUCAGAAAGUACUCAUCGUCGUGUAUUCUGGUGGUCUCUGACUCAAACUGUGGUUGUCUUAAUUAUGGGUGCAUGGCAAAUGAGACAUCUGAAGAGCUUCUUUGAAGCCAAGAAGCUAGUUUAAUAAAGUUGUAAAAUAUGGUAACUUCAGCAGUAACAGUAUCAUCCACAUAUCUAAAUUUCAUUUGUAGUUUUACACACGGUUCUUGCUACAAACAAUUUCUACAUAAUAUUUCAUUAUCAUUCUUAUCUAAUAAGUAUGAAUGUAUUUAUAAGAAAAACAAACUUUGGUUAUAUUGGUAUAUUAUUAAUAUGUCUUGUUCGAUUAAUCCGCUCUUCGAGCAUAGAAAUUAUAGCGGGAGUGUAAUAUUGUACGCGCUGUAUUGAUUUUGGAUGAUCAAUGUGCGAAGUUUAAUAUUGUCUUGUAAAAACAAAUACUUAUCAUUAAGAGUGGGUGGCUGUAAAUCGCAUAUAAUUAAUAAAAUGCUUUGAAUGAUUUGUGUAAU